AUGAUCAAACAUGUAUUUCUUUCUAAAACUAUUUUAGCCGAUUCCACAACACCUGUGACUAAUACUCAAUGUCCAGUCAAUCCUUGUUUUAAUGGAGCAACGUGUUCCAUUAUAUCUGGCGGCGGUUUCAAAUGCACAUGUGCCAUAGGUUUUACAGGUCCAUUUUGUGAAUCACGAGAGCAUUCAAUACAAAAUGCAUGUCAAUCACGACUUUGUCAACAUGGUGGUAUUUGCUAUCUUACAUCAACUGACUUUGCAUGUAUCUGUCCGACUGGUUAUAGUGGAACACGUUGUGAUAUAAAUUUAGCUGCAACUAAUCCAUGUUUUCAUAGUCCAUGUCAAAAUAGUGGAACAUGUCUCGUAUUAGAUCCUUUUACUUAUCGAUGUAUAUGUUCAAAUGGAUUUUUUGGUGUUCGAUGUGAACAACGUAUAUGUCAUCCAAAUCCAUGUCAAUCUGGUGGUAGAUGUUUACCACAUGGUAAUACUUUUCAAUGUCAAUGUCCAUCGCAAUAUAGUGGACGUUAUUGUGAACUUCUGACGAAAACAGCAUCACUAUUAGCAUAA